GCGCCGCGCGCCACACCACCUGGCCUCCAUGUCCGAGCCGCAUCCGAGCGUGAGGUGAGGGGUCUGGUCGCCAAGCCAGCUGGGGAGCGGCGCCCUGACUUGGCAAGGCGGAGCUGGUGAGGUGACGGCCCGGUGCAGAGGGCCCACGGGUCCGAGGCGGUGCCGGUGUGCCGGGGUUGCUCUGUCGUCUCCCCCCCGUGUGCAGAGCUGAGGUCCGGAACUGGGCAGGGAGGCCUUUCGAUGCACGUUUUACAGAUAAGAAGCAGACUCAGAUUCGCGUGCUCAACACGGGGUCGCCCGGCUCGUUCGGGUUAGGCCGGUUGGAGCCCCGAGUGUGAACUUUGACCUCGUUGCUGUGCAGAGACUGGUGCAGCGCCUUUCGCCCGGUAAUCGCCUAGUAGAAUCUUAUGGAGGCCAUCGGGAUUCUCAAGACUUUUCAAAGUAGAACGCCUUAACCCAACUGAGUUCAAUGUGGAUCCCACUAGCAUGGACAAGGCUUACACAGAAGCUUAGAAAAGCACCUGGUAUUUUCUUAUUAGGUCAAAGAGAAAGAUACUCAACCAUGUCAGAAGUGGAAGCAAAUAAGAGCAGCUCUGAACUGUUUUCACCACCCUCUGAUGUUCGAGGAAUGACAGAACUUGAUAGGACAGCUUUUAAAAAGACAGUCACCAUCCCAGUGCUUAAAGUGAGGAAAGAAAUAGCCAACAAAUUGUUGCGAUCCCUUAAAAGGGCAGCACUACAACGACCAGGCAUAAAACGUGUAAUUGAAGAUCCAGAAGAUGAAGAAUGUAGAUUAAUUAUGUUGGAUCCCUAUAAAAUACUUACUUAUAAUUCCUUUGAAAAAGCAGAACUCAGUAUUUUAAGUCAACUUAAUGUCAGUCCACAGAUAUCUAAAUAUAAUUUGGAGCUAACUUAUGAAAACUUUAGGUCAGAAGAGAUCUUGGGAGCUGUGCUUCCUGAAGGUCAAGAUGUGAUUUCAGGGUUUAGCAGAGUAGGACAUAUUGUACACCUGAACCUUCGAGAUCAUCAGCUACCGUUCAAGCAUUUAAUUGGCCAAGUUAUGAUUGACAAAAAUCCAGGAAUCACUUCAGCAGUAAAUAAAGUCAAUAAUAUUGACAAUACAUACCGAAAUUUUGAAAUGGAAGUGCUAUCUGGAGAAAAGAACAUGAUGACCAAGGUUCGAGAAAACAACUACACUUAUGAAUUUGAUUUUUCAAAAGUAUAUUGGAAUCCUCGCCUCUCUACAGAACAUAGCCGUAUCACAGACCUUCUCCAACCUGGGGAUGUUCUGUUUGAUGUUUUUGCUGGGGUUGGGCCCUUUACCAUUCCAGCAGCAAAGAAAAACUGCACUGUGUUUGCCAAUGAUCUCAAUCCUGAAUCCCACAAAUGGCUGUUGCACAAUUGUAAAUUAAAUAAAGUGGGACAAAAGGUGAAAGUCUUCAACUUGGAUGGAAAAGAUUUCCUCCAAGGACCAGUCAAGGAAGAGUUACAGCAGCAGCUGGAACUGUCAGAAGAAAGAAAACCCUCUGUCCACAUUGUCAUGAAUCUGCCAGCAAAGGCUAUAGAGUUUCUCAGUGCUUUCAGAUCACUUUUAGAUGGGCAGCCAUGCAGCAGUGAACGCCUUCCCAGAGUGCACUGUUACAGUUUCUCCAAAGAUGCUAAUCCUGUUGAGGAUGUUCGGCAACGCGCUGGAGCUGCGUUAGGCAUUUCCCUGGAGGCGUCCAAUUCAGUUCACCUAGUAAGAAACGUGGCCCCUAACAAAGUAAUGCUAUGCAUCACCUUUCAGAUCCCAGCUGCUGUACUCUAUAAGAACCAGACCAUCAAUCUAGAGAAUGACGAAGAGCCACCUGUUAAACGGCAGAGGACAGAUAAUGGCUUUUUAGAAGAAAAAACAGAAACUGCUCCAGGCACUUAACUGGAAAUGUUUUCUCCAUCUUACCACUGUACUGUUAUGUAGUGAAAUAUAAUGUGUGUAUUUCAUAAAAAUUUAAUACUGAACUCUUAGUAUUUUUCCCUGCUAUCUUACCAUUAGCAAAUUAAAGUUUGGCUGAAGACUGUUUUUAUCUAAAUCAUGUAUAACUAUACAUGUAACUAAUAUGUGUAACCAUAUUAGUUAGUUUUCCCAUUGCUGAGACAAAUUAAGGCACCCUCGACUUAAAGAAAGGCUAAUUUAGCUCAUGUCUUCAGGAGGUUCAGUACAUAGUUGGCAGGCUCCAAGGCAGAAACAUGAAGCACACAGGCAUGAGAGCAAAUCUGUUUAGUCGUAGUGGCCAGGAAACAGCAGGGAAACACUGCCUGAGAGAAAUGGGCUGGGGACCAUAAGAAGUGCCCAAGGCCAGGCCUCCAUACACCCAAACAUACCCAGGAACAUGCUUUACUAAUAAGGCAUUCUUAAUCCAAGGAAGUUGAUGAAUCGGGAUUAAUGGUCACAAUAAUUAUUUCAUAAUCUAAACUAUAGGUUUUAUUAGAUACAUAUGUUUAAUGGUGCAUGCAUGUAAUCCCAGUGAUUUGUGAAGUUCAGGGAGGAGGACUGUGAGUUUGAGGCCUAGGCAGGGAACAUGACAAGAUUCUGUCUCAAAAAAACCGAAAAGGAUAAAUAUGGUUAAAUAUUGUUGGUCUCUUGAAAGAAUAGUUGAAGGUAGGGUAAUUGUGUGCUGUUACCAUAGCAAACCACUAACACUAUUUUAUGUGAUCAUUUAUUAAAGAGUGUAGUAAUUUCUUAUAACUACUCCUAUACUACCAAUUACUAUGUGAAGGUAAUAAAAAAUGAAUUACUUAGAUCAUAGAGAGGUGGACUACAUCCUGCAGGCUAACUCUGGCCCACCAUCUGUUUGUAUGGCCUGAGAUCUGAGAACAUUCUUGCAUGUUAAAAUGGUUGGAAAAAUAUCAAAAUAUUUUGACACAUGUGAAAACUGACAUGUGUCAGAGCGUUAAAAAGAAAGUAAAGAGGUAGGGUAUAAAAGGAAGAAGAAAAGGGAAGGGAAGAAGCAAAGGGAAGGAAGGAAAAAGUAUCCAGGAAAAUAAACUGAAGAGUAUUAGACUUUUCCAAGAACAGUUACUCAGAGUUAAGGACAGUCGAAGCAGUAUCAGUAGUCAAUUAAAAAGGCAAAUCUGAGUAGCUUUUGCCUCUUAAUGGGUCAACAGAUGUUACUAAUACUGCUUAGUUUUAUUUGAGGUGUUACUGCCAUGCUUAAGUGACAACUGAACUAGCUUCUAUGAAUAUUUUCAAAGAGUUGGUAAAAUACGAGUUCUGUGCAGCGUAAAGUGGAAUCUCCUAAAAUUAUAACUGACAAUGGUUAAAAAAACAGAAAAAGUCUUAAUUGAACAAAUUUAUUAAGUGAAAAUGUCAAGGGUUAAAAGCCUAUAGCUUAUCCACUACAUUAUUCAUCAGCAAGUCCAAUGUGGAAAAUUCUGAACCAGUAGUAUCAGGGGUAAACUUUAUUUGCUUUCACAGCGAACCACUUCUAAUUCUUUUGAGUUUUAUCAGUAAUUAAAAGUGGAUAUUCUAAUCUGCCCUACCUCAGUUUUAUUUGCUUAUUAACAUUUUGGCAUUUUUUGAGUUUAAAAGACAAGAUUUAAAUUUUUCUUAAGAACCACCCAAACACAAUUUUGGAACAGUGACUGACUGGAAAUUAGAUUUUGUUGAAGACCUGGUAAUAUUUCUUAAAGAAUACAAGCUAAGAUUGAAACAACUUUAAUGUGAAAUAUACUGUAGUAAAACUGACAUUUGGAUUCCAGUAUCUUACUCUAUACAUCUUUCUUGCUAUUCAAAAAUUAAAUGUUUCCAUCCUCCCAAAUUAAUGGGUAUAUUAUUAAGGGCAGCAUUGUGAGAGUCCUUGGUGCAAGACGAAAAAAAUCUUCCCCAUUUCAAAAUCUAACUGCAGUUGAGUUUCUAGCUAAUCUUCAACUGGAAGUGAGUAAUGACACUUAAAAGGCAGAUAUCAAGGCAAGACUUUGUUUUACAGACUCCUUCCAAAUGAUGAACACGUCGUGUAUACUCACAGGUCAAUGAUGGCGAACAUUUUAGGGCCUUCAGUGAUACAAAUAGCACUGUGCAGCACAUGUCCAUAGGUUCACCAUCACUGUCUUAAAUUGAAAAACAUCUAACAGUACAUGUUAAUGUACUGUGAAGGUAAUAAAGACAUUUUUCUAAAAUGUAAAAUCUCAUUGACAAAUAACCAUUAACAGGUGAUUCUUUGCAGGUGACCUUGGUGAUAGGUCACAACUACAUCUCCAAUUAAAGGCAAUGUGAUUCCUCUCCAAAAAGGAAUUACAAAAAAACUGUAUUUCAUUAUAUUUUGAAUUUUUUAAAAAGAAAAAAAACCCUAACUAUUUAGAUCCUAAGUACCUAUAUAAGGUCUUUGAUUUGCCUCUUAGCCUGAAAAUCCUUAAGAAUUUACUCUAGUCCUACCCAACAAAGAUUGAGAACCCCUGAUCUCAGUCAUUAAUCACAAACUCAAAAUACCUAUCUUCAGAAGCCUGGCAGCUGAUGUAAAUAAGUGGCAUCAGAUGUAGGGAAGUAAUGAGUUAGAGCCCCUGUUGUCUAGAAACAUUUAAACUCUUUUGAAACUCAAAUACUGUACAGUAAUGUGCUGGGUCAUGGUUUAUAUUAUAAAUAAUGUUCUUAUAUGUGUAAAGUGGAAAGACUCGCUUCCAUGCAGGCAUCCUUUAAUUAGAGAACAUACUCUAUACAUAAAAUAGAAUACUUAAGUGCUUCAGUUAAUAUUUAGCCCUUUCCCUUCUCACCCCGGGUAAGUGAGCAUAUAAUUACUUCACUGUUUAAAUCUAGGCCCACCUAAACUUUUAUAUAUGAUAUGUACAAAUGAACUCUUGAUUAAUCCACUAGAAAAUGUUACCUAGAAAGCUGAUUAGAUACAAUUUUUUAAUUCUCUUUUUUGACAGUUUUCUGCCACCUUAAUUUUAAAAUUAUUUUCUGAUAACCUAGUGACUGUCAAAGGCAGCUUCUAAGAGAAGCUCUGAGAUGACAUAUGAUUGGAAUCAAGGAAUACUAAACAAUAAUUCAUCCUGUUAUGUAAGUGUAUUCCAUAGCAUUAAUAUCUGCUUGAGAGGAGUACAGGCAUUAGGAAAAGCAUUUUCCACAUAAUGCAUUUCUCAGAACUUCUCUCAGGAAAUCAACAUAUCCUUGAGUUGAUGUUAUUUAUGCUCCAUAAAAGAUCUAGAUACUUGCUCUGUAAAAUUUCCUGAAAGUCAUAAAGUUGGACUACCUAGAUCUGGUUUUAGUGUAGCUGUUCUUAAGUCUGUUUGGCAGUCAUCUCUGGCAUGGAAUGUGGAGCCUGAACCCUUGGAUUCAAAUCCCAGCUCUGCUAUUUUUAAACUGCAUUGACUCCUGGAAAGUUACAUACUCAACCUCUGCUUCUCAAUCUGUUAAAGUAGGGAAAAUAACAGCAGUACUGUUGUAAGGAUAAGAAUAAUAGGGCUGGGGAUUUAGCUCAGCGGCAAAAGCGCCUGCCUGGCAAGCGCAAGGUCGUGAGUUCGGUUCCUGGUACCGGAGAAAAAACAAAAACAACAACAACAACAAAAAAGAAUAAUACACAAAGCAUGAAUCAAGUGCCUGGCGCAUAGGUAAACAGUCGUUGUUAAAUAUUCUUUCUGAACUAGUGUUAUAAGAUGUUAAGACUUGAUCGUGUAGAUGAAAAACUGGUAUAGUUUUUGUCACUUAGAGGGUGGGAAAUAAGCACAUCAACUAAGAAUAUUUCUGUUGUCAUUCGGUACUCUCAUUUCAUUCAAUAUAUUAGCAUUCACAUAACAGUUCUACAGUGAAUUCAAAGUAAGUACUGAAAGCCUUCAAAACAUAAAGUUCAUUUUCUUUAAAUACAUUAUUUUUGCAGUUGAACAUUGCAAAGCCUCAACUGUAAGUUCAACAUUCUCACUAUUUGAACAGAUUUAUACAUUGUAUUUAAAAAUUUAAAUCCUCAAUUGAGGAAUACUUAGAUUUUAAGGAAGAAGAUUUGCAUCCUGGUAGAGUAUACCUAGAACUGGACUUAGAUUAAAAACAAAUCUGUGUUCUAAUUCUGGUGUUUUACUAACUUGUGUGUAGGACUGUGGUCUAGUCAAUUAUUCAGUGCCUUGGUUUUCCCAUUUAACAAAGAAAUGUAAAGAUGAAGAUGUACUCCUAAAUGUCAUCUUUAUUUAAUAAAAUAAGAUGGAAUUUGUUA